GUCUAUUUGUUCCUUUUGUUAAUUUCUUCUAAGAAAGGAGAAGAAAAAUUUCAGUGCCUUUCUGCAACUUUCCAAGAUUAACAUUUUUUUACUCUGUUCUUUUUUUCCACCAAUUACAAAGUUGUGGGAACUUCUGUGUGUUGGCUAUGCAGAAUUGUUUUUAGAUUGAAUUGAAUUGAAGAAAAAAUAUUGUAUUUUUGGGGCAAUGGAUGAGAAGAGGUUUGUUGUAUGCUGUUUGAAUUUGGAGAUUUUGGUUUGGAUGCUUUUAGCUUUUGCUGUACAGCUUUCAGAUGAAGCUAACCCUGGAGAUGUUGCUGCAAUUAAUAACUUAUAUGCUUCUCUGGGAUCGCCAUCCCUUCCGGGCUGGGGUGCUGUUGGUGGAGACCCAUGUAAUGGACUUUGGCAAGGGGUCGAAUGCGAGAAUGGAAGCAUACUGACAAUUCAACUCAAUGCUGCUAACUUGGGAGGUGAACUUGGGGAUAACUUAGGCUCAUUUUCUUCUCUCAGAACACUAGAUCUGAGCAACAACCAUAUUGGCGGAAGCAUUCCGACUAAUCUGCCAGUUACCUUGCUGCAUAUUUUUCUUUCAGCUAAUGCAUUCACUGGAAGUAUUCCUAUUUCUUUGUCUUACCUGAGUCGACUUUCAGCUAUGUCUCUGAAUGGCAACCAUUUGACUGGAGAAAUUCCUGAUUCCUUUGAAGGCCUUACCGCUUUGGUCAAUCUUGAUUUGUCAAGUAACAAUUUAAGUGGAUCAUUGCCACCAUCUGUAGAAAGUUUGUCUUCCUUGACCACUCUAUAUUUGCAGAAUAAUCAGCUUUCUGGAACUCUUGAUGUUUUGCAGGAUCUUCCCCUUAAAAAUUUGAAUGUGGAAAACAACUUGUUUUCUGGGCCCAUACCUCAAAAGUUGUUAUCUAUUCCCAAUUUCAAAAAAGAUGGAAAUCUUUUCAACAGUAGUAUUGCUCCUUCAACUCCACCCACAUCAUCAACAGCACCUACCAUUUCUGGGUCUCCAACUUCAGCACAGACGCCAUCUUCUCAAAGCAAACCUAAAACACAGACCGAUGGACCAUCAGCAUCUGCAGAAUCAAGUUCAACAGGAAAAAAAAAGUCUUUAUCUGUUAAAAGGGUGGUCUGGAUAUCAAUUGCAGCAGUUUUGUCAUUUAUCAUAUUGGUUUUAGCAAUCCUUCUCUGUCUGCCAAAGUGCCUCAGGAAAUGGCACGAGACUCAAAGGACCCCCAAACACCAUGAAAUAGCCCCUUAUAUCGGUGCUAGAGAGAAUCCUGGAGAUAGUGGUUCAUUAGUCCAACCUGGUCAUGAUAUAGAAAAAGCUCCCCUAGUUGUGCCGCCAAAAGAAAAGCAACCAAGAAGACCGGCUCCCGUUCCGAAGCCACAAGAUGAGCAGCAGGUGAAUGUGCAAACCAUGACUGCGGUGCCAAAGAAGGAUGAUAGUGUGAUAAACCUUGGCAGAUUGGAUAUUGAUUUGACCCCACCACCUCCGCCUCCUCCUCCUCCGCCGACUCUUCCACAAGAGAGAGUUAUUGUCGAGCCGAUUGCGCCUGCUGAAGAUACAGCAACGAGGCUUCCAACCAGGCCACUUCCACUAACUUCUGUAAAAUCUUACACAAUUGCAUCACUUCAGCAAUACACUAAUAGCUUCUCUCAAGAUAAUCUGUUGGGAUCAGGAAUGCUGGGUAGUGUAUACAGGGUGGAGCUUCCUAAUGGAAAGUUGCUUGCUGUCAAAAAGCUGGACAAAAGAGUUUGCGAUCAACAAACGGAUGAUGAGUUUCUUGACUUAGUAAACAAUAUUGACAGAAUUCGUCAUGCUAAUGUUGUUGAGCUGAUGGGCUAUUGUGCAGAGCAUGGUCAAAAGCUUCUGGUCUAUGAGUAUUGCUGUAACGGGACACUACAAGAUGCACUGCAUUGCGACGAUGAAUUCAAGAGACAACUUUCAUGGAAUACUCGCAUGAGGAUGGCUCUUGGAGCUGCAAGAGCAUUAGAGUAUCUCCAUGAAGUCUGCGAGCCACCUAUUAUUCAUAGAAACUUCAAGUCUGCUAAUCUUCUGCUUGAUGAGGAGUUGGCUGUACAUGUUUCAGAUUGUGGUUUGGCUUCGCUAAUAUCAUCUGGUGCUGUGAGCCAGUUGUCGGGACAACUUCUCACGACAUAUGGUUACGGUGCUCCAGAAUUUGAGUCAGGGAUUUACACUUCCCAAAGUGAUGUUUACAGUUUUGGUGUGGUGAUGCUGGAAUUAAUAACAGGCAGAAUGUCAUAUGACCGGACACGGAGUCGAGGAGAGCAGUUCUUGGUCAGGUGGGCAAUCCCUCAGCUACACGAUAUUGAUCUCUUGACAAGGAUGGUUGAUCCUGCUCUAGAUGGAAAAUACCCCAUUAAAUCACUAUCACAUUUUGCUGACAUAAUUUCCCGCUGUGUUCAGCAUGAGCGAGAAUUCAGGCCACCAAUGUCUGAAGUUGUUCAGGACCUCAUACAAAUGAUAAGAAGAGAAUCUCACAGAAGAUCUGAUGGUGAAUGAUUUGAGUUAGACGCGCAUACUGGGAAUUCAGCCUGUGAGGAUCUAAGGCUAUUUCCUCUUUGAAGGAGCUGAGAUACUCGGAAAAAGAAAGACGGUUUGCAGGCCAAGCACCCUGCUAGAGACAACUUCAAACUGAAGCGAAAUGCACCUCAGAGAAACGCGAUUCAUGAAAAUACCAACACAUGCAGGCAACUUCUUAAUGACAUAUAAAAACAGCUUGCUCAUCUGAUUCUUUUCAAGCUGCAUCAUUCUAAUGUUCAUUUAGGUUGACAUGUGAGCAUCAAUACAUAGAAUUCAUUGAUCUUGACAAAAGUGUUAUAUUUUCCUGAAGUUAUAUAUCUUUGCUUGCUGUUACAUGUACAAACUUCUGAUUUGGUUUUACAAGGAUAUCUUUCAUUCUUUCUCAUGCA